CAUCAUCGUCCACCGAAUCCCACGUCACUCUCCUUCGCUCCCUCCAUCGAACACUUGCUCAAAUUCAGUCACAAGUUUGGUGCAGCUGUAUUAGCCCUGUUAUCAAGUCGUCAGUUCGACAAUCGUGGCUGAGACUCCGCGGAUCCGCGGGUCCGCUCUCCGACAUCAGCAAUCCCUCGUCCUGCAUCAUCCUGCCCUCGAAUGAUGGCGGGCCUACAAGGCAACGCAUGUCUAUCAUGCCGCCAAAGAAAACUCAAAUGUGACAGACAACAGCCAUGCGCGAGCUGUAUUGGCCGAUCGCUGGACUGCAAGCAGCAGCUGCUACAGUCCGCCAGUCGAGGAGUCAAAAGACCAUUUGAUGAGUCGGAUCCGUCGACAAUAGCCAGUAUCCUUUCCAGGCUGGAUCAAAUUGAAGCUUACAUUAAUCCAACAAAAAGGAUUGCAAGUGGCAAUUUUAUUUUAACGCCAAUUGGAAAUGAGCUUGAUGCCAUACGAAAUGGUGUUGCAACCCUUGCCUCAAAAUCCGAUGCACCAUUGCCAGACAAGACCACCCAGUCGAUCUCCUCUGACGUGGGAGUGCAACUGGUUCAGGUCAUGGCAAAUGACAGCAUUUUGCGCCAUGCUCUCAUGCAUAAUCUUUCCUUAUCCAUCUCAGCAGACUCCAAGACUCAGCAAUGUACGGACUCUGGACACAUUCAACUGCCUCCUAAAUCCGAAGCUCUUCGAUUAUUCCAGGUUUACUUUGACUUUAUCGGCCAAUUUCAACACAUCAUCUACGAGCCACAUUCCCGUCAUUUGAUCGAGGAAGUCUACCACCAAGUAGCCCAUGUCUCGACGACAACCGCGCCACGGGGCCUCGCCCUGAUACUAGGAGUCAUUGCAAUAGCAACAAUUCUCGAACCUCUACAAGGAAGCAUAGACACAGUCCUCCCUAUUCUCAAAGAACGACUUAAGAUAUGUGCUGUCUACAUCCGAUCGUCUAUGGACUGCUUGGAACAGCAUCGUCGAAGAAUGGAUCACACCCUCGAAAACGUACAGGCAAUGCUUGUUCUUCAAUUCCUCAUAAACCAUAUUGAAGCAUUCUCCCCGAGAUACCGUACGUUGCUCACGGAGGCCAUUGCGGUAUCUCACCGGCUCGGCCUGCAUCGUAUAGACUCGACACCUGCCAAAGGACGACUAUCACAAGAUGAGACAGAUCCAGUGACUCAAGAGAUGAAGCGGAGGGCGUGGUGGUACUUGUCAGCCACAGAUUGGAUGGUCUCCAUGGCAGAAGGAUCAUCUGAUGCAGUCUACCUCAUCCAACCGAAAAUGACAACUACUAAUAUCCCAAGACAUAUAAACGAUGAUGACCUUGGCAAUCCUGACAUCAAAGAGCGGCCAAUGUCAGAACCGACCACGAUGUCGUACGUUUUACACCGCCUUAAAAUCACAGAGGUAGCUCGGUGCAUUUCAGACGUGAUACCGCACGACCCAAACGAAGCAACUUGCGAAAUGAUACUGUCACUCGAUUCAAAGAUCGAGUCAGUAAUCCAGGGCCUCCCUGCAUUUUUCAGAGUCGAAAUCGCAGACUCGGAGGAAACUAGACUUAUUGACCAGAAACAUUCAUACAUUCCCAUCCAGCGGCUGUUGAUCAACUUGAUGAUCAAUCUUGUUCGAUGCAAACUUCACUUUCCCUAUCUGUCUGGGUCCCCGAGCAAAGCUCUACACAUAUUCUCACGAGAUGCUAGCUUGAAAGCUGCUCGGAAUCUACUCUCAGCGCACCGUGAUAUGAUCACCUUGAAUAUUUCACAUUCCGCUGAUUUCAUGAAAAUCCAAGGCACGGUUUUUCACAUGUUUAUGGGGGCACUUAUUCUCGCCACAGAUCUCUGUUGUAAUCAACCUCAUGGCGAAGAUCGUGAACGCCAAUCAUCUGAGUUGAUGGUGGUUUUGAAGCAGCUCGAGGGCAUUAAGCAGCAUUCACAAAUUGCUUCAAAGUUCCUCGAUGUUUUGACGCAAAUGCUUGUCAAGUACGGAGUUUGGUCACCCUCCGCGACUCUUUCAACAAAUACGGUGGGUGGAUUGGCGGCAAAUUUGGACUCGUUUGGGAUUGACCAGAUGGGUGUGGACGCUUUCGAUACACCCUUUCCAUUUGAUGAUUUAUGGGAGACAUUCGUGGCACAACCUUCGGCUUUGGAUAUGAUUGAUAUCUUGUAAUUACGAAGUGGAAUUUACUAGGCCGUGACUCAAUGAAGGGGAAAUUAAAUACGUUGGCCUAUGGCAUAUGUAUAAAAAC